AACCCUUUAGAUUAUAAAUCUAUAGAAAUUAGAUCAUUGUUAAGGAUUUCAGGAAGUUAAAACAAGGUUUUAUUGAAAAGUGAAUCAGAAAUAUUCAUUGUAAAAAUUAUACGGGCUUUCAUUUUAAGCAACUUGGCACCACUUAUAUUAAGUUAGGUGAUGAUUCUUAUUAGAACACAAAACAAAUAUUACGGAUACUUAUUACCACUUGUUAUAGUCAUAUUUUGAAUUAUAAAUCGUUCCAUGAUAUUUUUAUUUAAUGACUGAAACCAAUAUUUGCUAUUGAUUACUGGAUUGAAUUCCAUGAACAAUAAACUAAUGUAUCAAUAACAAAAUACAUCAGAGUCAUGAUAGAAUAUAGAUAAUAUUAUGCAAUUUUUCCGUGAGUAAGUUUAUUUCAGAGUAAAAUAAUCAUGUCAGUGAAUAAUAGAUUAAACAUGGAUGCGAGUGUCAGUGAUCUUCCGGGAAGUGUUUGGAUUAAGGCCAGAGAAGUGUUGGACACGAAUCCUGCACCAAGGAACUGGAGAGCCUUAAUUGGAACUCUGGAAACAUCUAACAUGAUUAAACAGAGAUACAAAAUCACCCCUCAGCAAGUCGAGCUCUGGGCUCAAGGGAUCGAAAGAGAAAGUGCAGCUGGGAAACUGCUUACAGAGUUGGGCUCGCAAGGCAUGACCGUCGGGGAUUUGUCAGCUCUGCUGGAAGAGACAGGCAUCGAUACGUAUCUACUGGGCCUCUCUAAAUAUGAGAAAAUAAGAAUAACACAAAGCCCAGCGAAAGAAGUGGACAUAAAUGAGGGAGAGACUCUAGUGUUGGAGAUAGCGGCCAUGGGGAAACCACACCCAAGAUUUCAGUGGUUCUUUUGUCCAGAUGGGAAAAAUAAGUUUAAUGAAUUGAAGGGAUGUACCGAGAGAACACUCACAAUAGCCAAUGUCACUUCUGCUAAUGCUGGUGGUUAUUCGUGCCAGAUCCAUAACUGUUCCGAUCCUCAGAAGACAAGGCUUACGAACAUAUCCCUCGUGAUUAUCAAGCCCAAACCGAUUUUCGUUUCUAAGAGGCUAAACCUGCCAGGUGCCAAAAACCUUUCAAAAAUGCCUCACCAUCCAUCACCAACUCCUGUUCGUCACAUAGAGCAAAAUCAUGAAAUAAGGGUAAUUUCUCAUCCUACUUCUAAGGAGCUCGAGUUGGGUGAACGUGCCUUGUUUAUGGUGGAGGCUCAAUGUGGUUUGCCCCUCCGAUACCAGUGGAUCAAGGACGGGAAAGAAAUUAAGGGUAAAACAUGUGAUGACGCGAGUUGCCAGGGCACUUACCAGUGUGAGGUCAAGGCCAUGAAAAUGACAGUAGACGGACGGGUAAUUCAGAGCAGUCGCGUGUUAACAAACCCCGCAUUGUUGCAUCUUAAGAUACCAUUUGUUAAUCUAUAUAACCCUCAUGACAAAGUGGCUUUACUGAUCGGAAACUCUGAUUACCUUUCGGCAAUUUCGUUAAAGGCCCCUCCAAACGACAUUCGGGAAAUGGCUGAAAGCCUCGUUUCAAUUAACUUCAAAGUCGUUAUGUUACUGAACUUAACCAAGCCAGAAAUUGAAAAUGCUGUCAUAGAGUUUUGUAAAUUGAUCGACAAAAACGUGUAUGUUGUCUUCUAUUUUUGUGGACAUGGUUUCGAGGAAAGAGGAGUUUCUUAUUUAAUACCGACGGAUGCCCCAUCCAUGCCCGCGUCAAAUGAAUGUGUGAAUACAAGUCUUAUCUUGUACAACUUCCAGAAAAAGAACCCGGCUCUGGUGUUCCUGGUACUGGAUACUUGCAGAAUGUCGGGCAAAGGCAAAUCCUCAGAGCCACCAAGAAGUUUUUUCACGUCGGCGCAGAAUGCAAACGUUUGCUACUGCUAUGCCACGAGUUUGGGAUUGAGUGCGCUCGAAAACACGAGUGAACAGAGAGGUCUCCUGAUACGAUAUCUUGCCCCGUUGUUAACGAAACCCAUCGGGAUUGACAACCUCGUCAUUGAACUUAAAGAAGAGUUUAGCCGUAGUCCUAAGCACUGUGAUAAACAACUUCCUGAGAUAAGGUCGAAUGUUGGUGAAACGCGGAGAUCACUGACGGACGAAAUCACUUACCUCGGACAGCAACAAGCGUACAAGGCUAGGGAACGAUUAUGGGGUAACUAUAACAACAAGCCGAGGAAUCGUGACCUGACUUUCCCAUUGCUUGGAAUUGUUCUACAGCUUGACUUCCAGUCAUACUAUAACAAUCUUUUAGAUGUCUUUGUGUUGGUGCAGGAGCAAGGAGAGACCCAACAAUGUGUUGCUUUCAUUUCCAACUUCUCUCCGAUCAUCUCCCAGUAUGGCAACAGGGAUGCGUUUAAGAGGAACGGAAAACAUGGAACGAGGACCACUCUUCAAGAUAUACAGAAGCUAAAGGACAAUCUGGUAGUUGACAUCAGUGUUGUUUUUGUGCACCGACGGGAUGGGCGACAGUACAGCAGUACUCAGAGAGUUGACCUGGGACUUCCGCUCGUGUCAAAUUUGAAACUGUGGAAGCCCGCAAUAGGCUUUGAGCCCGCGUAUCGGGAGCCUAUUGAACAAGAAGAAACAGACAGUAUCUGAGAUUAAGAAAGGUUACUGUGUUAAAUGUAUUAGAUAAAAGAGUUUGUAUUGACACACUAAUCCAACGUUUGUUUUAAUAUAUUCAAUUUAUAAGCUGAUCAUCUCUGAAUGGCAACAACAGAAACAGUUUUUCUUUGACUCUACUUAAACUCAUUUAGUUUCUAUUUACUUUGCUAUCGCUUUUGAAUGCUUUGAGAAACAACUGAUCUUGUUUUUUUAGAGAUUUGUAUCACAACCAUUUUGUACCAUUGUUAUUAGGGUUUUUUCAUAUAAGACACGAUAUUUAUGCAUUUAAAGACUUGAGUUGAUAAAAGAAAACUUAAAAUAUAGGAAAAUACAAAUACCACGUAUGUAGGGCCUUUCAAUAUAAAAAAGAUUUUCCAACGUUAUUCCUCUGAGGCUAGGUUGAAAAAGACAAAUGAAUGCUUAUUUAUCCCACUAUCAUACUUAAUAUUUUUUUUGUUAUACACGUUAUAUUCAAGGUUUUUAUUAUCUAGUUCAUGCGGUUUUUGAAGAAAAACAUUCCAGAUUUUGUCAAAGCCUUGGUGGCGAUUUUAUCAGCACCAUCGGCGGCGUGUCAUGCAAAUACAUUAACCUUGAUCGUGACUAAAUUUCUGCUGAAGAUAAUCCAAUUCCUGGUUCACAUGCGGCCAGAAAUAAUAUACGAUGCAUAGCAAAGCCAAUAUUCUAUUUCUUCAAUAAAUGUAUUGUUUAGUGCUUAGUUAACCAUCAAGUACAGUGUGUAUAUAUACGUUAAUUUAUGUUCAAUUAAGAUGAUUGUGUAAUUCUUGUAUGAUGUUCGAUAAAUAUUUGUUAUGAACCACCAAAUGUUUUUAUUUAAAUGCAAGUGCUGGUCACAAGUAAAUACAUUGUACUGCUGUUUCUUUAAUAUGUUUUAUUAAAGUAU